UUUAUUUACAUCUGCCUCGUUUGACAGUUCUAGAAACAGCGUUUUUUCUUCACCCGGUUUGCAUGUUUAUUAUCUAAUCGUCAGUAUCAUGUUGUGAAAUAAGGCUACCUGAAGCUGUUGUACAGAAUCUUUACCUCCAGUUAAGUUAUUUAAGUGCAAAAGUCGUUUCGUAUACACAACAGACCGAGGAGUAUUUCAUCAUGUCCCGUGCACAAGAUGCAGUUGGUAUUCUGCGAGGCCUCAAAAUCGUGGCCGAUGCAGUGGGCAAAUCGCAAUCCGAGUACGCCAAACAUCUGUGGGCCAACUCGAGCGUACGGGAGGUGCUCGAACAACAACUCUCUACCAGAGAACAAUCAGUAAAGCAGGUGCUUAAUAAUCCAACCAAGGAGUUGGAAAAGGCCGGCGGAAUGCUACGUGAAACAAUCGAACGGACAGCUGUGGUUGCGGAAGGCUUGCGACAACUGACCGUAGCCGCAAUGCCAAAAGUUGGACCACUCUCGCCAGAAGCGUUUUUAAAUCAACGUGUCCAGCCGUCCGGAACGGUGUCCAGUACAACGACCGAUGGACAGCCGGGCGAUAUAGCCAGCUUAGAUAUUUCGAAGAUAACGCUAAAGGAGCUGGAAUCGAUUCUCUCCGAGCAUAGCAAGAAUCGUGAAAUAAAGUUAAGCUUAGACAAUGGCAAACAAUCCACCGUGAAGGCGGCGGAACCAGCAAUCGCUACAGAGACUCCUGCUGCACCACAGCACACAACGACACCGCAAACCAAUCUACCUCCGGAGCCGGCCCGUAAGGAGCCGAUCCGUCCAACGAAAGCUUUUACACGUGACGAGCAGCAGAUAGAAAAGAUGUUGCAUUUUGUUUCCUCUUACGAUAAGAAUCCUGCUGCUGCUGCUGCUGCACAGCCCGUUACACCUCAGCCGAACAACCCUACGCAACCGAUCGACCUGCCUCAACUCAGCACAGUCGCCAAGCAGCGCAAAGUGCCCUCAUCUCGCGUGGCCCGUCUCGCCUCAUUCGGUGGGCUCUUUGCUGGGCUUGGACUUGGCACGGUGAAUGAGCUCGCGAAAGGUGCGCUCGGCAUUGGAGGAACGUUGGAUGUGAAGCAAGCCCUCUUUAGCCCUACCAACGCCGAACGUAUCGUUGACACACUGUGCAAAGUUCGUGGUGCAGCCCUGAAGCUGGGACAGAUUCUCAGCAUCCAGGAUUCGAACAUCGUUUCACCGCAGCUGGUGAAAGCGUUCGAGCGCGUCCGACAGGCGGCCGAUUACAUGCCCGACUGGCAGGUGGAAAAGCAACUGGUCAGCGAGCUGGGCCCCAACUGGCGCUCGAAGCUGGCCAGCUUUGAUCAAAAACCCUUUGCAGCCGCUUCGAUCGGGCAGGUGCAUCGGGGCGUGCUGAAGGACGGUGGAAUGGAAGUCGCCAUCAAGAUUCAGUAUCCGGGCGUGGCCAAAAGUAUCGAAAGUGAUAUCGACAAUCUGGUUUCGAUGCUGAAGGUGUGGGACGUGUUUCCGGCCGGUGUGUUCAUCGACAAUGUGGUAGCGGUGGCCAAACGCGAGCUAGCCUGGGAGGUGGAUUACACGCGCGAGGCCGAGUACACGGAACGGUUCGCCGAAAUGAUACGCCACAUGCCCGAAUAUCGGGUGCCGCGCGUGGUGAAGGAGCUCACCUCGAAGAAUGUGCUGACGACGGAACUUGUGCCGGGUGUACCGAUGGACCGGUGCUUUGACAUGAGCCAAGAACAUCGGGACCACAUAGCCUACUGCGUGAUGAAGCUCUGUCUGAACGAGCUGUUCACGUUCCGCUGCAUGCAAACGGAUCCCAACUGGUCCAACUUCCUGUACGACGCGUCCACCAAGCAGGUGAUGCUGAUCGACUUUGGUGCAACGCGCUUCUACCAGAAAGCAUUCAUGGACGAUUACUUAAGGGUUAUCAUUGCGGCCACCAAAAACGACCGGCAACAAAUACUGGAGCUAUCGCGCAAGAUGGGCUUCCUCACUGGCUACGAAACGCCCGCGAUGGAAAAUGCACACAUCGACGCAGUGCUCAUCCUCGGCGAAGUGUUCAGCGUACCUGGCGAGUUCGAGUUCGGGCGGCAGAGCACAACGAAGAAGAUUGCUGCGCUCGUACCGGUCAUGAUCGCUCAUCGAUUGUGUCCACCGCCGGAAGAGAUCUAUUCACUGCACCGCAAGCUGUCGGGAGUGUUUCUGCUGUGCGCACGGCUAAACGCGAAGAUCGACUGUAAGCCCAUAUUCAACGAGGUGAUGAAGAGCUACAAGUUUGACUAGCAAUCCGCGUGGGGCGAGCGCUACCGAUAAGCGAAAUAAAACGAUACGAAUAGAGCUAUUUGUAUUUGUACGGGUGCAUCUGCCCGCAAGGCGUC